GUUCAGUUUUGUUUAUUGUUUAUUCGCCAUUGGUUCUGGAUUGUAUUCUUGCUCGAUGAUUGUAGUGUUCGGAGGCAACACCAGUGAAAUCGCCUAUAAUCUUAUAUGCUCUUUUUAUUAAUCAAUUUAAAGUGGUGUUAAUUUCUGCACUUGUCAAUUAAUUUAAUUUCGUGAAAUGUCAAUUCCAGGAUUUAGUAAGGGUUGCUAUUUGUCCAUAUUCAACGUGAUUAGAAGAUAAGGAAUUAUAUCCUGUUUUACUAUUUUCCUACGGAACAAAAAUGCCAGCAAGUUCUGUAAAGCCAUUGUACAUAGCCAAGUCAAUGAAAGAACUGGAUGGUUUAACUGCCAUUGACAAAACAGAUUAUAAGAAAAAAUCCACAUCUUUAUUGGUUUCAUCAGCCAACACUAUAUUUCAAGGAGCUGAAAAGAGUUCUCUUGAGAGAGAUGAAGAAAAAGCUUAUACAUUGUUUGUGAGAUAUGUAGAGUUAAUUCUAUUUUUACAAAGUCGAGAUGACUUUAAGAAGACUCCAAGUUAUAAAUCACUUUGUUUACAAACAACUGCAGCUCUUGUCAAAGCUGAAAGUUUAAAAGCCAGCCUAACAAGCAGAUAUCUCAAGAAUUCUGAAGAGAUAGAAGCAAAGAAUAAUUCUAAGAUAAAAGCAAAGAAUGAUAAAAAUGAACUGCUAUCUUCCUUGCAUAAUAAUAAAAUAACAGAUACUUCUGCUGCAGGUGAUAUACCCAAUAAUUUAACAACUCCAAUAUCUGAAGAUCCUGUGGAAACCACAAUAUCAAGUUCAAAGCUUUAUUCCCUUCUUUCUAAACAUUCUAAUAUUGUAAUAAUGGAUAUUCGUUCAGCUAUAGAUUUUGAGCAAUCUCACCUGAAACACAACUGUUGUAUUAACAUACCCCAAGAAAUCUUAACUCCUGGAAUAACUGCUUUAACACUAGAAAAGCUUCUGCCUGAUGUCUCACGUUCAGGUUGGCUUAUGAGAGGCGAUGUGGAUUAUGUGAUAUUGAUUGACUGGGAUUCUAAAGACAAUUCUAGGCCUAGUUUAUACGUUAAUACUCUGAAGGAAGCUAUGUGUAAGUGGGACCAGAAACGUACUUUGAAAAAGCUUCCUCUCAUUCUUGAUGGUGGAUACAAAGAUUGGAUGUUAAAGUAUCCAAUGUGGACCACACAAGCAAUAAAUAUUUUUAAUUCAGAUGCAAAAACGUCACCAGUUGUUGCUGAUUUAUCAGGUGUUGAGUACCCAAAUUUAGAUGAAAAUACUGCUGAAAAAAAGAAUGAAAACCUAAAUGGGACUAGUCCACUUUUUAAAAAAUCUACUGCUCCAUUUCCUGUGUUGAACAACGACAUUUCCCCAUCUUCAGAUUCAGUGGACUCUAGAAAAACUAAAUCCGCUCCUUCAUUUGACAGAAAAGCAAAACCUGCUGUUAACAAACCUACCUCAGCAACUUCUCAACAAGCAACCAAAAAUGUUUCUGGUAAAAUCUCAUCUUCCGAUAUUAAUGGCUCAUUCCCUGUUCAUUCAGAAAAGUUACCCAAUAAGAACCAGGAAAGUGCAAUUCACCUCUCUUUAAAGAAGGAAGAGAUGUUGGCCCAAGAUAGUCUCCAUAUUGCCAAAGAGCGUCUCAUAAAGGAACAGGAAUUUGAGAAAUUAUGCCUUCGCAAAGAGAAAGAGGCUGAAGAAAGCAAAAGGAUCGAAAUACAGAAGCAAGAAAAUAUUUUGGCAGACAAGUUGAAACAGUUGGAUAUAACUAUGACAGAAAAAGAUGCUGAAUGUAAAAGAGUUAGAGAAGAAAAUUUAAAAAUGAAAAAGAGGCUUGAAGAAUAUAUAGAUAAAGAAGCUCAAGCCAAGAAAGAAAGAGAAAUAAUGAAUGCAGAGCAAGAAAAGAAAGAUUUACUAGAGCAAGUUAAAAGGUUAAGAGAAGAAAGGAAAAUGAAAGAAGCAAAGAAAAAGCUUGAACCAAAACCUGAUGCUGUACCAAGAAACACUGUUUCUGCAAAUAGUGGUUUAAAAAGACCCCUUAAUAAUCAUGAUCAAAAUGAAGCUCCUAAUUCUGAAUACACUGUUCCUCUUUCAAGACAAAGCUCAACUGAUAGUGGGAGUCGAGGCUUAGUACGCUCCCAUUCUUCUCCAAAUAUUGCUCAGUUGGUAAAUCAAGAAGAAAGUAGCGGACGGAAACUUCCUGCUUUUGAUAGGAGUCUUAAACCGCCACCAAUUUCCCCUUACUCGUCAGAUUUAAGCAGAGCUAGGUUAAGAAACUUGAAUCCUGUCUAUGGAAAUUGUCCAGCUACUGGCUUGCGAAAUUUAGGCAAUACUUGUUUCAUGAAUUCUGUCAUUCAGUGUUUGGCAAAUACUCUUCCUCUUGUAGACUACUUUAUAUCAAAUCAGUAUCUUGAUGAUAUUGUUAAAGACAGCAGGCAAAGCAUGAGCGGAGAAGUCGCAGAAGAAUUUGCAAUAGUGUUGAAAAGUCUGUGGAUGGGACAGUAUAAAUCUUUUUCUCCCAAAGAUUUUAAAAAUACUGUUAGUAAAUGCCUCUCUGUAUGUAUUGGAAAUGAACAGCAGGAUUCCCAUGAAUUCUUUGUUGUAUUAAUGGAAAAGCUCCAUGCUGAUUUAAAUAGAAGAACAGUAAAGAAUAUACCAAAAUUAGAUCCUAGUCAUGAUGAAGGUGCAUUUUGGCAACAUCAUAAGAGCUAUAACGACUCUAAAGUAUCUGAAAGCUUUGAAGGCCUUUUGAAAUCUACACUCAGAUGCUUAACCUGUCAGAAAACAUCAGAUAGCUUUGAAGUCUUCUCUUGCCUUUCUCUUCCAAUAUUAAACUCCAGGUGUUCAUUAAGAGAUUGUUUUAAACAUUUUCUUAAAUCUGAAAAAAUAUCUGGGGAGGCUGCAUGGGAAUGCCCUAGAUGCAAACAAAAGAAAGAAGCUGAAAAAAGACUGCAAAUUUGUCGACUGCCUGAGAUUUUAGCCAUACAAUUAAAAAGAUUUUCUUAUGAAGGUCUCUGGCGAAGAAAGCUGCAAACACAUGUAGACUUUGAUAUUUCAUUUGAGGUGCCUUAUGAGAGGAAUGGAGAAGAACACUAUCAAAAAUAUACAUUAUAUGGCAUUGUGAAUCAUUAUGGAACUUUGGAAGGUGGCCAUUACAUAGCUUUUUGCAAUGCUCAAACUAACAAAUGGUUCAGAUAUGAUGAUCAUGAGGUUUCUGAAAUCAGUUCCUCAGACAUUAAGACUUCAGCAGCUUACAUGUUGUUUUAUCAAGCAACUGAAGUACGUUCCAAUUUAUAGCACUGUAUUAUUAGGAUUCCUAAUGAUAAAAACUAUAUCAUGGUUUAAAGCAAAAAUCCAGUUUUAGAUCCUUUUAUACAAUUUUGUUUUUUACAAAAUGGUUAGAUUUCAUAUUUUAUGAUGUUUACUUCAUAGAGAAAAAAUGUUGCGUUAUUGCACUAGGGUAUUCAUAACUUUGUAGACCAGUAUAUACUUUUUAUUGAAGUAUAUCAUAAUUUAGUUUCACUAAAAUAUCUUUUAUGAUUCUGAAACAUUAAGCUGCAAUUAAUGGUUGCAAAUUUUAAUAUUUAUUUUAGCAUUACAUAUAGUUAGCUUGCACUCAAAAGCUGUUUGUUGCAAAUUGUUACAUGUCUGCAUACAAAUUACUAACCUUCGUACAUAGCUACUUUUAAUUUUUAUGUAUUUUAUUCCGAUUUUUAAUAUCAUUGCAAUUGAAUUUUAUUAAUCCAAGUACUAGUAAAAACUAAUGCAAAAUUUUCAGUUUCAAAUGAGGAAUAUAUUAAAAUUUUAGCUGCUUAUAACUGAUUUUUUUAUGAUAACUAUUAGAAUAAUUAAUGCCUUCAAAUAUUAUUGCUCUUGAAUAUUAAAAUAUUCUGUAUAGCUUGAUAUUGUAAGAAGUAUUAUUUAUAAAUGUUAUCCGUCCAGAAAUUUGAUUUAUCAUUUGUUUUGUUUAUAUUAAAUACUUUUAACAGAAAAUUUGCUUGAAAAUAAUUUUCAUUAUUUAAUUACAUAGGGGAAAAAUACUAUGUGUGUAAACAUGUAUAUUAUUUGUAUAGAGAUAAAUUUAUAAAUAUUUUGUAGAUAACUAAAGUAAUUUUUAUUUAUAUAAAAAAAUAAAUGUGUGUAAAAUUUCUUUUAUAUUUGGAGAUCCUUUGUACAUUCCAUGUACAUAUGUUUCAUAAAAAUAUGUUGAAUAAAUACUUAAGUCUAAAA